AUGUCAAGCUCUGGCAAUGGCGAAACGCCGACAGGGGGAAGUCUGGACCUAUUGGCUUUAGUUAUUCAGGCUCAUGGUGGAAUAGACCGCUGGAACAAGGUCAGUCACAUCGACGUGUCCCUCAAUCUCACCGGGUCAGCGCUUGAAUGGAAAGGGUAUCCGGGGCGUCUUCAACCUACAUGCCACCUCAAUGUCCGAGACACCAAAGUUGUGUUUCAAGGGCUUGGAUCUGGAAGUCAAGAUGAUAAAUGGAUCUAUACUCUUAAUCGCGCAUGGAUCGAGCGUCGAGAUGGCACUGUGCUAGCCUCGAGAGACAAUCCCUAUGCGAAUUUUCUCGACCACACCCGGACAACGCCAUGGGAUGAUCUAGACCUCGCAUGUUUCGCUGGCUACGCCUUGCAUAACUACUUGACCUUUCCAUUCCACCUCCUUGAGCCUGGUUUUUAUUACCGAGAAAUUGACUCACAUGAGGAGAAUGAUGAGACAUGGCGCGUUCUCGAGGUCACUUUCCCGGACAAUCACUUGGCGCAUAGCAAGAUCCAACUCUUCUACUUCGACGAAGACUUGAUGCUACGCAGAGUAGACUACGCGCCAACCGCAUUCAAGGCACCGGCGUCACAUUAUUGCUUUGACUUCAAGGAGAUAAGUGGCCUCAAGAUUCCCACACUCCGACGAGUUGUUUCUAGGAUACCGAACGAACCUACGGUGAAUGGUGUGCACGCUCUCCGGGGGAGGACGAAGUUAGCGGGGCCUACUGUUUUCUUGCUUGACUACAUCCGCGUAGUCGUGUACGACGAGGACUCUGUGACAUCAAGAGGGGCAGAGGUUUAG